AUGAAAUCUUCACAAGAAAAAAGGGAUUACCGUGACAGGUCAGAAUAUUGUAUUUUAAGGUGUUCCCUUUCUGAUAUGAUCUGGUUUCACACAAAUGGCUUUCAAUAUCAAGCCAAGAAGGUAGAGCUGAAAAGCAGACAUAAAUGGCAACAGCGCUGGAAGAGAGAGAGUCUGUGGAUUUAUAGUCUCCAUUUCUGGACACCUGGAACAAAAGAAAGACUAGCACAUAUAUCCUACCUCUGUGGUACGUGGUAUGAAAUGGAUUCAAAAUUGUCACAGCACAAGCAUUUUGAAUCAGAUGAAUUAUCUCGCAUGCCAGAAAAGGAAAAAGGACAAAAUGGAGACAAGCAGAUAGUUGCAGAAAUCAUGGGAAGACGUUUCUCUCCUUCACUAAUAACCACCCGAGCCUGGGAAAGAUUCCAUUUUGUUGGACAUGAGAUAGAGAUUACAGAAGCCACUGACAGUUAUGGAGCUGUGGUCUGGCCUUCGGCUCUUGUUCUGUGCCACUUUUUGGAAACGAAUGUGAACUCAUAUAGCAUGGCUGAUAAAAAUGUCAUUGAAAUUGGAGCGGGGACAGGUCUGGUCUCGAUAGUAGCUAGUUUCCUUGGUGCCCAUGUGACUGCCACUGACCUGCCCGAACUGCUAGGAAACCUUCAGUACAAUGUUUUCAGAAACACAAAGAUGCGAUGCAAACAGCAGCCCCAGGUGAAAGAACUAUUUUGGGGGGUUGACCUGGAAGAGAAGUUCCCCAGGUCGUCGUGCCAGUUUGACUACAUCUUGGCUGCCGACGUUGUCUACCACCACCCUUACCUGGAUGAGCUCCUCCUUACCUUUGACCACCUGUGUAAAGACAGCACAAUCAUCCUCUGGGCCAUGCGGUUUAGGCUGGAGAAAGAAAACCAGUUUGUGGACAGAUUCCAGAAGCUGUUUGACCUGGAAGUGAUUUCUGACUUUCCCAGUUUAAAUAUAACCCUGUUCAAGGCAAAGAGAAGACACAGAGCGAAGUGGUCUCCAAUUGGUUGUUAAUUUAACCUGAUCAUUAACUAACCAAAUAAGACGCAAUGUGAGGAGAUCCAUGACUGGAUCUCCACGUGGUGUCUUAAGUUAAAAGCAACAUUGGGGAAGGAAAUCGGAUCGGGAUCAUGGAACUGGGGUUUUGUUUUGUUUUAAGCCUUUCCCCCGGUGUAAUUUUCCCAUUUCAGAACACCUCUCCCCCUGCGCUCCUUGCCUUGUGGGAGUGAACACACAGAUACCAUUUAUAAGUUGUGUAUGUGAUCUCCAAGAGGACAAUUGCAUGGAGGGGGAGGGUUAAAUUCCCCUCCCCAGCCCUGCAGCCCUAUCUGAUUCAGCUGUCCAGCUGCUGUUGUUUAUUCAACAGAAACAAACAGUGAUU